CGUCAUCACACCGCGACCGCUGUCCCUUGUUCCCUUAACCUCUGGGUGCUUGCAACUGUGACUGUCUGUGGCUUCUCCGCCUGCUGCUCUUGACCUGCGGCCUCGCAGGAGUCAGGUGACAGCGUAAGGCGCCGGGCGGGUCCGGCUGCAGCAGCCAGGCUUUGAUGCUGAGCUCUGGUAGGAGGAGGCUGUUCUCAGCUCUGCUGCAAGUUCAGAAGAGGCCUUGUCAACCCUCUAGAGAUAUGAGACUGGUACAGUUCCAGACACCCCACCUGGAGGAGCCUCACCUGGGCCUGGAGUCAGGGAUUGGUGGGGGAGUUGUAGACCUAAACACUUUUGACCCCACACUCCCCAAGACAAUGAUGCAGUUCUUGGAGCAGGGAGAGACUAGCCUCUCAGUGGCAAGAAGAGCCCUGGCUACCCAGCUGCCAAUCCUCCCUCGGUCGCAGGUGACCUUCCUGGCCCCUGUCACCCGGCCAGACAAGGUGGUAUGUGUGGGCAUGAACUAUGCAGACCACUGCAAAGAACAGAACGUGCGGGUGCCCAAGGAGCCCAUCAUCUUCAGCAAGUUCUCCAGUUCCAUUGUGGGGCCCUAUGAUGAGAUCAUCCUCCCACCAGAGAGCGAGGAGGUGGACUGGGAGGUGGAACUGGCCGUCAUCAUUGGCAAGAAAGGCAAGCACAUCAAGGCCACAGAUGCCAUGGCUCACGUGGCUGGCUUCACUGUGGCUCAUGACGUGAGUGCUCGGGACUGGCAGAUGAGACGCAAUGGAAAGCAGUGGUUACUGGGAAAAACCUUUGAUACUUUCUGCCCCCUGGGCCCUGCCUUGGUUACCAGGGACAGCAUAGCAGAUCCACACAAUUUAAAGAUCUGCUGUCGAGUGAAUGGGGAGGAAGUCCAGAGCAGCAACACCAACCAGAUGGUGUUCAAGACUGAAGACCUCAUAGCCUGGGUUUCCCAGUUUGUCACUCUUUAUCCGGGGGACGUCAUCCUGACUGGGACUCCUCCAGGGGUUGGUGUGUUUAGGAAGCCUCCCGUCUUUCUCAAGAAGGGUGAUGAAGUCCAGUGUGAGAUUGAAGACAUCGGUGUCAUCAUCAACAGGGUGGUGUGAUGGCGUCCCUGUAAGCACUGGCCUGCCCACUGGAGGUGCUCUUAGGUGGACCUUGGAAAUAAACUUUCUAGAGUUGCA